AUGAUUAUGGCCUUUCUUGUCCUUACCCUUUUUCGUGGUUGGGACAAAUGCUGGGAGCAAGGAGUGACACCAUGGGAUUUGGGUCAGCCAACGCCUGUACUGUUACAACUUCUUGACAAGGAAACCCUUCCCAAAGGCAGAGUUCUAGUGCCUGGAUGUGGGGCUGGACACGACGUGAUUGCAAUCGCAAACCCUGGACGCUAUGUUGUAGGCCUAGAUUUAUCGGAAAAUGGCCUUAAGAGAGCAAGAGAGAUAUCUUCGUCAUCACCACAUGCAAAAUGUUUUGAGUUUAUAGAAGCGGACUUCUUCACUUGGCGUCCAACUGAGAAAUUUGAUCUCAUCUUUGAUUAUACGUUUUUCUGUGCAAUUGAACCUCGCAAGAGAGCAUCUUGGGGAACACAAAUGCAUGAGCUGUUGAAACCAGAUGGGGAGCUCAUAACUCUAAUGUUUCCUACUGAUGAUCGUUAUGGUGGAAAUCCACCUUAUAAAGUUUCUGUGGCUGAUUAUGAAGAGGUUUUGCAUCCCUGGGGAUUCAAGGCGACUUCUAUAACAGAUAACGAGCUAGCUGUAGGACAGCGAAAGGGCUGCGAGAAGCUUGGGAGAUGGAAGAGGUGUCUUUAAAAAAUUCUCAAUUAUGAAUAAUCAAAGAGAAGAAUGAAAGCUAGUACUCCUAUGAAUCUGUAAUAAUAUUUCAUCUAUCUUAGCUCACAAACACAGGCAGAGAUUGGACAAUCACGUAGACAACCAUCCUCUGAUGUUACAAUCCCCAUCUUAAGCUGUAAGAAUGAGUGAUUGUGGUGUAUGUGUGCCUAUAUAUAUAUAGUAAAAAAAUAAUAAAAAAAUAAUAAUAAUGAUAAAAAAAAAUAAUGAUGAAAACGAGCACCAAGCUCAGCUGAUCAUCCCCGUUUUCUCUAGGAGGUCCCAGGUUCGAGUUCUCAAUGGCGUAAUAUUACA